AUGCAACUUAGUCCUGGACAAAAAAGUAAUGUUACUCUUCAAUUUCGAGCUCCGCCUGAUGCUGAUCCAGUUCUUCUUCCUAUCUUCUCGGGUUUUAUAAGUGUUACAAACAGUGUAAAUAAACAGGUUGUGCAAGUUCCAUAUGCAGGUAUGGUUGGAGACUACAAGAAUGCGAGAAUUAUUGUGCAAAAUAAUCCAUCGGGUAUUGCCACUAGAAUUUUGAAUUCCAAUAACGUAUCGAUUUCAAACACACAAGAAGAAACUCUUAUCGCAUCAGAAUCAAUACGAAUUAGACUAGUUACAACAUGGGCAUCGCGCCGUGUUUCUGCUGAAGUUUUUCCAGGAGAAAGUGAAAUUUCGGCUAAUUCUUCGGCAAGUUACGGAUAUGUAUUCGAUGACUCCAAUGAUAAACCAGUAGUUUAUACAAACUUAGUAAGAAAUGCAGCUGUAGCUGGAUCUCAUGCACAGUUCUACGGAAUUUCUUGGUCUGGUCAAGUUAGUGUGAGUGUUAGGAAUGGAAGUUUGGUGGGAUAUGAAACAACCAGUCUUCCUGAUGGUCGAUAUAAAAUUCGAUUUUCAGCUCUUCAACACUUUGGAAAUCCGGAGAACCCUAAUGACUUUGACAUCUAUGAGUCACCAACUUUCAAGCUGAUCAGAUUGCCUACUACAUCCCAGUCUCCCGUAACAAUCUCAGAGUUUACAACACUUCCACCAUUUACUACAACUACAACACUUCCACCGUUUACUACAACUACAACACUUCCACCGUUUACUACAACUACAACACUUCCACCGUUUACUACAUCUACAUCACUUCCCCCGUUUACUCCAAC